AUGAAGUACCUUCAGCUGGCCUCUGUGGCCGCUCUUCUCAGCGCUGCUACUGUGUCUGCCGGCCCAUUGCGCGCCCGCGAACAUGACGGAUUCUGCCCGAAGGGCUAUACUAUGAGCGUCUAUUAUAAGACCAUCACUGUGGAUACCUAUUCCUCGGCGACCUCUGUGGAGACUACAGUUACCCCGACGGCUACUCCGGUUAGCGUCGAGUCUCAGUCCUCCGCUGAUCCCACAGUGGCCUCGUCGUCUACUGCCGUUGCCGUGGUGUCUUCGACCCCCGUCGCAGUUGUCUCAGUCGAGACUACAUCCUCGUCAGCCUCUGCUGCCGAGACCGCAUUUAUCCAGAAGGCAGCUUCCAAGACCGACUCAGUUGUGGCCACUGCAUCAACUGAGACUGCCGCUGUCGUCCAGACCAUUGCUGCUCCAGUCGUGAAGAGCAUCGCCGCGCAGACCUCCACCACUCAAGCUGCCGUCGAAGCUACCAGCACUUCUACCUCUUCCAUUAUUUCCUCUUCCACUACCACUUCUUCCGCUACCACCUCUUCCACUACAUCCUCCUCCACUACCUCCUCCGCUGCCUCCUCUUCCACCACCUCCUCUUCCGCCAUCUCUGUAUCUCUCGGUGCCUCCAUUGCCGGCGAAGCUACCUUCUACGGCGGCAAUGUCGGCGGCGGAACAUGCUCGUUCUCCGGCUACACCCUCCCGAGCAACCUCUUCGGCACAGCCCUCUCCCUCCAGCGCUGGGAUGACGCAGCCAACUGCGGCACCUGUGUAUCCGUCACCGGCCCGAGUGGUAACUCCAUCACCGCAAUGAUCGUCGACCAAUGCCCCGAAUGCGAAAGCGACCACCUCGACCUCUUCCACGAAGCCUUCGCCGAGCUCGCAGAUACAUCCCUCGGCGUCAUCGAGACGACCUGGUCAUACGUGUCCUGCGACCUGGACGGACCUCUCCAGCUCAAGAACAAGGACGGCACCGGCCCGUACUGGUUCUCGAUGCAGGUUGUUAAUGCCAACGAGGCUGUGACUGCAUUGGAUGUUAGCACCGAUGGCGGUAGUACGUGGCAGGGCACGACCCGCACGUACUACAACUUCUUCGAGUACGAUGCUGGGUUCAGGACUAGCACUGUUGAUGUGCGGGUUACUGGUGCUAGUGGCAACACUGUUAUUGUUCAGGAUGUCGCGGUUGUGUCUGGCACUUCGGUUACUGCUGCGUCGAACUUGUAG